AUUAAUCACUUCUUUCUACAAGUAACCUUAAAAAGAAACAUAAAUAAAAAAUUAAUGUAAACGUUAAAGAAGUUGUAAAAUAUAAUCUAAAAAGUGUAAAAUGGGGAAUCUAAGGAAGAAGAAGUAUGGAUCAGGUGAAGCAUCACAGUUCAUCUCACGCCGAGGAGCCUUAAAAAAACUACAAUUAUCAUUGAAAGAUUUUCGAAAAUUAUGCAUCCUUAAAGGAAUAUACCCACGAGAACCACGUAAUCGUAAACGUGCACAAAAAGGACAAUCUGGUAUCAAAACAUUAUACCACAAAAAAGAUAUACAAUUUUUAUUACACGAACCAAUAAUUUGGAAGCUACGUGACAAUGCUGUAUUAAGUAAAAAAAUUGGUAAAGCUAAAGCUGUACGUGAUUUCAAAAAAGCUAAACGAUUCAUGUACAAUGUACCCACAUUAAAGCUAGAUCAUCUUGUGAGAGAGCGUUAUCCUACAUUCAUAGAUGCUUUACGCGAUUUGGACGAUUGUUUAACGCUAUGUUUCCUGUUCAGUACAUUCCCAUCGAUAAAACAUGUACCCCGACACCAGUCCGCGUUAUGUCGCCGUUUGACUGUAGAAUUUAUGCAUGCUGUUAUCGAAGCGAAAGCUUUACGUAAAGUAUUUAUUUCGAUUAAAGGAUAUUACUACCAAGCAGAAUUUAAGGGAAUUACAAUAAAUUGGAUCACCCCGCAUCAUUUUGGAUUUCAACCUCAAACUAAAGAUGAAGUUGAUUUCAAAAUUAUGUCAACCUUCGUCGAUUUUUACACAGUUAUGUUAGGGUUCAUAAAUUUCCGUUUAUACCACGAAUUAAAUUUGUAUUAUCCACCAAAAUUUGUAGGAAUCACUAACGAUAAUGAUCGAGAAUUAGUUGACGAAAAGGCUUUAGUCACAGAACGUGUAGCUGCUUUAAAUUACCCUCUAUGUCGAACAGUAACUGACGAUAAUUCUGGGGAAGAUAUAGAAAUUGAUUCAUUCCCAACUGAAGGUGAUCCUGAAAAAAUUGAACAAGCGAAACAAGAAGCUGAAAAAGUUAAAAAAUUAAAAACUUUAUUCAAAGGAUUGAAAUUCUUUUUAAAUCGAGAAGUACCCAGAGAACCGUUGGUAUUUUUGAUACGUUGUUUUGGCGGAGAAGUAUCUUGGGAUAAAACGUUAUUCGUAGGGUCAACUUUUGAGGAAUCUGAUGAAACAAUCACACAUCAAAUUGUGGAUCGACCUUCAAUAGAUAAACAAUAUAUUUCGCGGUAUUAUAUUCAGCCACAAUGGGUGUUUGAUUGUGUUAACGCUCGGGAAUUACUUCCGGUUAGUAAAUAUUUCUUGGGAGUUAUUUUGCCCCCACAUUUAUCACCAUUCACUGACGAAACACGUGAACAAUAUAUACCACCUGAAGAAAAAGCUUUGAGAGAUCCAUCCUUGGUUGAAACUAAUAAAGAAGCUGAAAAUGAAUCUGAAUCUGAAGCAGAAUCUGAAGAAGAAAGUGGAAUUGAAGAUGAUGAAGACGAAGAAGACGAUAGCGAAGAUGAAGACAAUGAACUGAAUAACACAGAAGCGGAGGAAAAAGCAGAACAUAAUGAGGAAGACGAUGAAGAAGUUCUUGAUGAAAAAGAAAAAUUACGAAAACAGAUGAUAAAGAAAAUGAAAGUUCAAUCAGGUGAAGUUUUCAAAGAAAAUCCAUGGGAACAGAAUAGACAAGAAAAACAAGAAUAUAGAUUACGCGAGAAAAUGAUCAAUAAAAAACAUAGGAAAUUGUAUAAAGGUAUAAUGGAAGGGCGGCAAGAACGAGCUAAAGAAAUUUGGCUUUUACGAAAGAAACGACGAUUACAUGAUGAACAAGCAAAAAGUGAAGCUAAAUCUAAGAAGAAACAAAAGAAAGUUGUUCAAAAUGAAUAAAUAAAAUGUUAAUUUAUUUAUUUUU